CCUCUGCUGCCCGCUGGCCAUGUAAGAGCUGCCCGGGUCUGAGACCGCUGGUUAGAGGCCGUGUCCGAGCGGGUCCAUGACGCCGGCCGGGCCCAGGGCCCGUGGGCCAACCCAGCUGAGUCGGGCCUCUGGGGGACGACGGGGACUGUGAGCACAGAGAGCGCUUCCUGGGCCCUGCUGGGGGACCUUGGCCAGCACCGAAGAUGCCCACCAACGGCCUGCACCAGGUGCUGAAGAUCCAGUUUGGCCUUGUCAACGACACAGACCGCUACCUGACAGCUGAGAGCUUCGGCUUCAAGGUCAACGCCUCAGCGCCCAGCCUCAAGAGGAAGCAGACAUGGGUGCUGGAGCCUGAGCCAGGGCGGGACGCAGCCGUGCUGCUCCGCAGCAGUCACCUGGGCCGCUACCUGUCAGCCGAGGAGGAUGGGCGGGUGGCCUGUGAGGCGGAGCGGCCGGGCCGUGACUGCCGCUUCCUGGUGCUGCCGCAGCCCGACGGGCGCUGGGCGCUGCAAUCGGAGCCGCACGGCCGCUUCUUCGGAGGCACCGAGGACCAGCUGUCCUGCUUCGCCACAGCCGUUUCCCCGGCCGAGCUGUGGACCGUGCACCUGGCCAUCCACCCGCAGGCCCACCUGCUGAGCGUGAGCCGGCGGCGCUACGCGCACCUGUGUCCACGGGAGGACGAGAUCAUGGCGGACAGCAACACGCCAUGGGGUGUGGACGCACUCAUCACCCUCAUCUUCCAGAACCGGCAGUACUGCCUCAAGUCCUGCGACAGCCGCUUCCUGCGCAGCGAUGGCCGCCUCGUCUGGGAGCCCGAGGCCCGCGCCUGCUACACGCUCGAGUUCAAGGCGGGCAAGCUGGCCUUCAAGGACUGCGACGGCCGCUACCUGGCGCCCGUGGGGCCGGCAGGCACGCUCAGGGCUGGCCGGAACACGCGGCCCGGCAAAGAUGAGCUCUUCGACCUGGAGGAGAGUCACCCGCAGGUGGUGCUGGUGGCCGCCAACCACCGCUAUGUGUCUGUGCGGCAAGGGGUCAAUGUCUCAGCCAACCAAGACGAAGAACUGGAUCAUGAGACCUUCCUGAUGCAAAUCGACCAGGAGACAAAGAAGUGCACCUUCUAUGCCAGAACUGGCGGCUACUGGACCCUGGUCACCCACGGGGGGAUCCAGGCCACAGCCACACAAGUCUCAGCCAACACCAUGUUUGAGAUGGAGUGGCGGGGUCGGCGAGUGGCCCUCAAGGCCAGUAACGGGCGCUACGUGUGCAUGAAGAAGAAUGGGCAGCUGGCCGCCAUCAGCGACUUUGUGGGUGAGCACUCCCCAGCUGCCCUGGGGGGCCGGGGCUGGGCCCUCUGCCCAGGGACAGUGGCAGCUCAGAGACCUUAUGUUCAUCCAGGAUCCGCCCUGCCCCGAGCUGCGGCCGCCCUGGCCGUUCCUGAUAGUUGCUCCUCGUGUAGGAAGCAGUUAGAGCCCAGAGCCCCUCACCUCUGCUGCACAUUUGGGGAACCGGGGGCUCCACGGCUGCAGGGCCCCCGCCAAGGUCACAUAAGGCAGUGGCAGUGGCAGAUGCAGGCACACAGACGGGGCGGCGAGUCCGGGCCGGAGCUCUUGGGCGGGGGAGCACCUCCCACCUGGUGGCCCCAGCAGCUGCAGAGAAGCAGGGCCGAGGCGCCCAGAGUCAAGCGGUAG